GCUUGCGGCGAGUGGUUCUUGCGCGCGCUUCUACCACGCCUAACUCCCCAGCGAGCGACUUACUAACCAUAAAACAGCAGAGCCUCAGCAGAGAAACCUGGUCCGGUGAUUGAUUGGUGGUGUCUCUGGUUGGUGGGCGUUACGAGCCGAGUUCUGAAUCAGACUCAAGAAUCAAACCCCCAGCACACAAGAACAAACAGUGAAUAUUCGGAUACUAGUGCUACGACGGACAUUGCGCAUACGCCGCAUUGCACAUUGCAAUCAGGACAGAGGAAACGCCAGCAGCAGACACACAAGAAGAUGAUUUCACGCCGCAAGAUCAUAUCGCGCUCCCUGGACAAUUUGGACGCCAUCGGGCAAGAUGAGCCGGAGGAAGACGUGUGGCACGAUCGCGAGAAGCUGUUCAGGGAUCACAUCAACGAGGUUCUGGCCAAGUGGGAGCAGAUCGACGAUGAGAUCUGGGCCAAGAUCAUCGUCUUCGAGAAGAACCGACGCGUGGCCAAGGCCUAUGCCCGCUCCUCUGUAAUAACCAUUAACGGAUCCAAGAACGGUUUCGACGGAGUGCGCAUCGGUUUGAAUUGCUUCGAGAAUCCCAUGCGCGACUCCGAGACGAAGGUCAUCAAGAAGUCCAUUGGCGAUGGCUUUAAGGUCAAAAUGGACGAAAUAGGCAACAUAUUCAUCAAGCGGUAUGGCAAGAGCAACAUCUUCGUGAAUAACACAUCGUCGGGCAACGAGGAGACUGUCAUUGGCGGCGACAUCAUGCAAAUGCCGCAGAUGUUCAUCAGCGGCGGCACCUCGGCCAAGCUGUUCGACAUGAAGAAGUUUCAGACGAAUAUUAACCGCGAAUUUGCUCGCACAUAUCCGGAGAGGGGUCGCCUGGAGCGGCAGUGCCUGUCGGCCGUGUCGCUGGUCAAGUCAAACAACAAUCUAAUCAACACUCCAGUCUGGAUACUCGUGGUCAACGUGGUGGCCAUGGAUAUGCUGAGGAGUCGCCUUCAGACGAUGCCCAAGUCGCUGGACGCGCUGGGCAUGCGGGUGACACUGACGCAGAGUAGCGAGGAUCCCUACUCGACGAUCGAGAGCCAGGUGGGCCUCAUCUACCCGACGCCCGCCGCAUCCGAUGACUCGCAGAACUCCCAGCACUCGAGCCACUCCAGUAAGGGACGCCGCAGCGUGUUCAGCGCCUUCCUCAACGAGGGUCCCUACGUGCCCAAUCCGGACUACGAAGCUGGCGGAUCCCUGACACCCAUCUAUGCGGACAAGAAGCGUCAGAAGAGCAGCUCGCAUCAGCGUAAGAAGCAGGACGAUCCCUACUACUGCGGGCUUCUGGCACGCAUUCCCAACUUCAUCAAGUCGUCAAAGCAGCCUUGCAGCGGGGCCAGCAAGCCCAACAAAGAGCCGAAGAUCUCACGCAAGAUCUCGGCCCAGCACCUGCAGCAGCAGCAUCAGCAGUUCCUGCAGCCACCGCAGCCCAUUCCCAUAGCCACCUUCCACCACUCGUACUUCCCCUACAAGCUCUAUCCGCCACAACAUCGUCUCUCGCAGUCGCAGAUGACGCUCUGGGAUGCCCGCAGUCUGAUCAGCGCACAUGAAUGACCAACACGGAUGGCCCUAAUUUAUUCAACGUGUAGCAUUAGUUUUACAAUUAUUUAGUCAAAGCUAUCGAUAUUGGAUCAGUGGAUCGGG